UCCGUUUCCAACAUGGCGCGGGGGAGGUCUUGUUGCCGAGGGGUUUGACUUAUGAUAAUCGCAUUUAGCCAGUUUUUCACUCAAAUUUGUAAUCGUCUCCCAGUUGAACAACGCGCUCUGGGGCGUUUAUGAAGUUGAAUGCUUGACGGAAUCUACAUUAUACUCCAGUUCUGAUGCUCUGCUGCAGCCAUGUUCACCAAGAAGAAAAAGCAGCGCAUUCAGAUCUCAGCUCCCUCCAACUUUGAGCACCGUGUGCACACUGACUUUGAUGAGCAGGAGCAGAAGUUUGUGGGGCUUCCUCGCCAAUGGCAGAGCCUCAUCGAAGACACGGCCAAGAGGCCCAAGCCCUUCAUCGAUGCCACAGUCAUCACCACUGUGGAGCCUCGCAAGGCCAUAGUGCGAGGCAGUAAGAUUGGGGUUGAUGGCUCUCUGACAUGGCUCUUGGAUGAGUUUGAAACCAUGUCAGUGAUCCGUUCAAACUCUCUGCGGCGGGGCAGUCCUCCCACACAGCCUCGCUCUGACUCAGGCUCCUCUGGGAUGCAGGAGAAUGGGGAGCAGCCUUACCGGCACCAUGAGCAUGCAGGCGAGAGCAGAGACAGAGAGAAAACGCGUCCCGAUUCCCAGAGACCAGCUCGAGCCCAACGAGAAGACGGGAGACCGAUGCAGCCCCAUGGCCAAGAGCCAAGCAGACGUAAAGAGCAAGAACGACCCACUGGACCUCCCCCACCACCUCACAGAGAUCGAGACCACCACAACCCAGUGGUCUGGAGGGAAGUGGCCAAUGACAAAAGACCGAAAUCCAGUUACACAAGUCAAGACGAAAGCCCACAGUCCCCACGGGACAAGAGACCUCUCUCUGGACCAAAUGUUCGAACUCCCAACCUACCUGUCACAGAGGGGGUGAUGAAGACAGCACAACAAAGCCGGCCGUUUAACACUUACCCCCGCUCUGAAAGUGACUCGGCAAGAAACCCCAGCAGUCAGGACCUGAAGCCAGGCAGGACUCAGGACUCUCCCCCGAAUGGCCCAUCCAGUGGGUCAAGCCGAAGUGGGAACAGUGGGGGUAAGGGCUCCUCACAGCAGCAUCAUGCAUCUCACCCUGCUUUGGGUCCAGAACCCUCCCAAAGCCAGCCAUUACCACCAGCAUCCCGUCCUCCUGUGCCCUCUGGACCACCCCAGCAACCCCAGCGUGUUUCUCACGAGCAGUUCCGUGCUGCUCUUCAGAUGGUGGUGGACCCUGGUGACCCCCGCACCUACCUCGACCACUACAUCAAAAUUGGCGAGGGCUCCACUGGUAUUGUGUGUAUUGCAACAGUUAAGAGCUCUGGUAAACUGGUGGCUGUGAAAAAGAUGGAUCUGCGCAAACAACAGCGGCGCGAGCUGCUCUUUAAUGAGGUGGUGAUCAUGCGAGACUAUCACCAUGAGAAUGUUGUGGACAUGUACAACAGUUACUUAGUCGGUGAUGAGCUCUGGGUUGUCAUGGAGUUCCUCGAAGGUGGCGCACUCACUGACAUAGUCACACAUACGAGGAUGAAUGAAGAGCAGAUUGCCACUGUGUGCCUGUCUGUCCUUAAGGCUCUGUCAGUGUUGCACACUCAGGGUGUCAUCCACAGAGACAUCAAAAGCGACUCUAUUCUACUUACUCAUGAUGGCAGAAUAAAGCUGUCUGACUUUGGCUUCUGUGCCCAAGUUUCAAAAGAGGUCCAGCGAAGAAAGUCGUUGGUUGGAACUCCAUAUUGGAUGGCACCUGAGCUCAUCUCAAGACUGCCAUAUGGACCAGAGGUGGACAUUUGGUCUCUUGGUAUCAUGGUAAUUGAAAUGGUCGAUGGAGAGCCUCCAUAUUUCAACGAACCGCCACUCAAAGCAAUGAAGAUGAUUCGAGACAACUUGCCACCCAAACUGAAGAAUCUUCACAAAGUCUCACCAGUUCUCAAGGGCUUCUUGGACAGGAUGCUCGUUCGGGACCCUGCCCAGAGGGCCACGGCCGAGGAGCUGCUCAAGCAUCCGUUUCUCUCUAAAUCUGGCCCUCCCUCUUGUAUCGUGCCCCUCAUGAGGCAAAACCGCAUGAGAUGAACGCAAGAGGGACAUCCAUCGCACCAGGACCCUCUGUGUAUCACAAAGUACAGACGCUUUGAGGCAGGAGGCCUCCAGAAAGGUGCAGCUCUGCACACUUCAAGUUUCAGAUCAAGUGUUUGAAAAGACCAGACUUGCCUCCAAAUAUUAUAAACACUGCUGUUAGCUUGAGCUAAGGCCUUUGGAAAGGACUAAACCAAAAGAAGCCCUGCAAUGACAACACUGUUGAUUUUACACUAGUUGCAUGGUCACUGGAAACAUGCCAUCUUUGGUGAAGUGAGAAUUCAGUGUCAGUGUUCCUCUUUUACUUAGGAGGUGUUUUGUAUGAUUUUGCAGUUUGAUCCAUCUCUCACUGGCUGUGUUUAGGGGUGAAGCAAUUAAUUUCUAACUUAAACUCUAAUAUCUGGAACUUUUUGGAGCUGCUGUUUUACAGUGGAAGCAGUGCUCCAUUUCUAAACUCAAACUUCACCUUCUGCACCAUAACCACUUUCUGACUUCUAAUCAAUUUAAAGAGGAAAAUAACUACUGAAGAGCUAUAUUUUACUUUAUCAAAAGGAAAAAACACUAGGCUCCUGUUACAACACUAGACUAGGUAAACACUGGAUGUGUGCUUUUUAUUCAGACCCAUGGGGUGUUUGAUAAAACAUAGUCACAUGUCAUUUAAUAGAUUUUAUGCUUCUUUUUUUUUUUUUUUUUUUAAAUUUUAUUUUAUUUCGGGUGACAGUGAAGAUAUUUUAAGCACUGUUCUAGCAUUGAAGCUGCACUCCUGUUCAUUUUUUUAAUCCAACACAAAAAAAAUCCAUCUUUCAAACAGGAUGAAACCAAAUAUAUAAAGGGAUCUCUUACCAUGUAGCUUUGCAUCUCGACAUGCUGUGUACAUUCUUGUGCAGAAUUCCUUUAAGAUGUGAAUUGUACAUUCAGGACUAUGUGAACCUAUAACUUGGGCCUGGAUGUCAAAUUAAGGCGGAGCAGGUUUUGCUCUUGAAGGCUUUGGCAAUUAGAAGAUUAAUUGAAUCGGAUGCAUUAAAUCAAACACUAUCCUGUAGCACUCUAGGACUGGCAUAGUCUCGUGUUACUAGGGCUAAGUUUGUUAGGGCUAAUUAACAAGGGAGGUGAUCUCCAGCAGUUGAUGCUUCCUUUAAUUUGACUGUUCAUCAGCUGCUGUCCCUGUGUCCUGCUGCGUCUAAACAGUAACAAGACACACACAUGGCAAUGUAGCUAUGGGCUUGUAUGAGCACAAUUGUUCUAUUUCAGUGCAGGGCUCUGUAACCGUGCCUUUAUUUUCUAAUCCUGAGCUCCUGAGGUUGGGAGCAUAUUAGCUUGCACCUAGACAGCAACCAAAGAUGUGACACUAAGAGCGAGAACUGAGGGGAAACUACUGGUGUCGAUCAGUCUGGACAUAUUUCUAAAUUUCACACUACAUCACGCAUAGCGUUUGAUUGUUCUGUUAUACUUGUUCAACCUUCAAAUUUUAGACUUGAUAGACCUUGGAAAGCAAAUUGAUCUGUUGGAAGAAGAUUUUGAAGGUUGUGUAUGUCAUUUCACAGUGUCGGAGGUUUAAUCUGAUGAAAUAUUAUUUGAAAGAUCUUCUGUAGAAAAUAGGAAGACUGAAGAAGUAGCAUUGUAAUGUACAUAAUUUGUGAGAUAUUUUAAAAAUCUUACCUUAACAUCUCUCAUUGUAGUCACAACUUCUUUUAGAAAAAAAAAAAAAAUCAACCCAUGUAUAGAUCUAGAAAACUUUUUUUUUUUUUUUUUAAACUAAUAAUACUUACCAGCAGCUUUCAUCUCACAUUAGAGUGCUCCAGUUUUUUGGAGGUGGAACUAAAAGACAAUCAAACAAAUCUGAGUAACGUACCUUACCUUUUUAAUAUCCAUGAAAGUAGAUUUACUUCGGGCUGUGUACGGAUGCUUCAUCAGUGACCAAAUAGCAUUUGUAAAGUCAUAAGACAUGGUUUGUUUUUGUUUUGUUUUUUAAUGGGAAUUGCUUCUAAGUAUUAAGGGCACAAAAACAGAGCAGAUGUAGAUUCAGAAAUAAUAAUGAUUGUUCCUUCAAUAACAAGCAGCCUUAAUGCGUUUAAAUCUUCCACACUACUCAGUGGCACAUGCAGUUAUCGAUCUGCUCUACAGGGUGUGAUGACGACGGACUUUCGGGGUUAAAAAAAAAAAAGUCUCAACCCGAGAUCUUUGUUUAACAUACCUGUAAAAAUCUUCAUAAUGAUGAUAUCAGGGCACAAAACACAAGCCUUACUUUGCUGUUAAAUGGGAAAUACUGUACUGUGAGAGACAUGGCUAAAUGUACAGAUCAUUUAUAUAUAAACUUGUUUUGGGAAAUGCAUUGUACCUUUCUGUCUAUCUCCCAUUUGCAUUCUCAUCUCAUUCUCAAUUUGUAAAAUUUUAUGAUUCUGCUAAUGUUCACUAAUGAGGUACAUUUUCUAAGAUACACUAAUGAAUUUUUACACUAAAGCCAUUAUUUCAUGUCUCUAUUUGCUCAUGCUAUAAAAACUGGCUUGAACAUA